AUGAAGCAGCGAAAUGCAGAAGAUUACCCUUCUAUAGAUUUGGUGCUGCAGGGGCUGGAGGCCUCUAAUAAUGAAUUAGCUGCGGGGGGGGAGGAGGAGGACUACGGCCAGUAUGCGUCUUGGGAAUGUUUGGUGGAGGCCGAGGGGCAGCUGCGGCUGGUGGGGGCAGCAGAUGAAGAAGAUGAAGAGCAACAAACCACCAAAAGAAUACCCCAUAUUAAAAGGGCCCUGCUCAGGAGUUUGGUGAUUCUGAUUGAUGCAACGGAUGGCAUGCGGGAGACAGACUUCAAACCCGACCGCUUGACGUGCGCCACACAGAUGCUUGAGGAGUUUUUGGGUUCUUUUUUGCUGCAGAAUCCUUUGGCUCGCAUUGCGUUGGUGUUUAUGGCUGAGUCUACAGCGGAGGUGUUGUGUCCAUCAGCAGCAGCAGCAGCAGCAGAGCAUCAGCAUCAGCAGCAGCAGCAGCAGCAGCAGCAGCGCAUGCAUGGGCCUUCUAUCACAAGCUCUGGCCUGCUAGCCCAGGGCACAGCCAGCUACUUCAGCAGCAACGUAGAUGAGCUUGUUGCUGCUCUCGUGGCCCGCAGGAGACGCAGAACGCCUGCUGCUGCACACUCACCUUCUCUCAAAAAUGGAUUAGAUAGGGCCCGGGCUCUGCUGGGGGCUGCUCCCCCCUACUGCACCCGCGAGGUGUUGGUGGUGUACGGAUCGAUCAGGACUUGUGAUGUGGGGAGCAUCGAGGAAUCUAUAAGCGAGCUGAAGAGCAUAAAGGCCCGCUGCUCUGUCGUUAGUCUAGCGCCGGAGGUGCGCAUAGUGAAGACGUUAGCUGUUCAGACUGAGGGCACCUUUGAGGUGGCUCUGCAUGCAGACCAUCUCCGCUCGCUCCUCAUGCAGCACACCCAGCCCCCCGCCUGGUGA